GGGUUGCCCCGAGGUCCCGGGGAGCAGCGGAGCUUGUGGAGGAAGGGGGUGACAGGUUGGGGCCCCAUAAUCCCUGUGGAGGCGGAGCUACUGCCUCAGUCCGGGGGAGGGGGCGUCCCUGGCUCCUCUGAGCCCCCCACUCUGGGGGCCCUCCAGGGGCUUCAUCUCAGGCUGGAGCCGGGGCCCCACUCCCCUCUGCGGGCUUCCCGGCUCCCUCCCAGCGGCCCUGCCGCCCCGUCCAGGCUGGCCCCCGAUUCCCGCCUGAACCCCCAUCGAAGCCUCCUGGGCACCGGCAACUACGACGUGAACGUGAUCAUGGCGGCCCUCCAGGGCCUCGGCCUGGCGGCUGUGUGGUGGGACCGACGGAGGCCCCUGAGCCAGCUGGCCUUGUCCCAGGUCCUGGGCUUCAUCCUCAACCUCCCCUCGCCCAUCUCCCUGGGCCUGCUGUCCCUCCCGCUGCAGCGGCGGCACUGGGUGGCUCUGCGCAAGGUGGGCGGCAUCUACUACAACCUGGACUCCAAGCUCCGGGAGCCCGUGGCGCUGGGGGGCGAGGACGAGCUCAGGGACUUCCUCUCUGCUGCCAUGGCCCAGGGCCCCUGCGAGGUGCUCCUGGUGGUGACCAAAGACAUUGAAGAAUCCGGUGGCUGGCUGCAGGCGGCCUGAGGCUCAGGCCCCCCAGCCUGGGCGGGCAGCCCCAUGACUACCUCUCCCUGCCACACUGCGGUGGGGCUGCCCCAGCCUCCCCCGUCUCUGGAGAGUGCCAGGAGGGGGCGUGCCUGGCCGGCCCUGGGGCCCUCCGGUGGCUUUGAGCCACUUCAGCCUUAUCUGCCUUCACCCCCUCCAGGCGCAGUGUGCUCGGGCCAGAUUAGGGCCCCCCUCUGUACCUUGGUGCCUCCUGAGCCUGGGCACACCGGCCUCGCCCCGUUCACCCUCGCCAGGCGGGCUGCUGCCCGUGCCAAGCUGCCAGGGGCUCCCGGCCGGGGCCCUCCCAGAGCCUGCAGCCGAGCAGGGGGUGAGCGGGCUUCUGGCCACCCCUAGGCCCGGGACAGCGGUGGCUGGACGGCCUGGGGCCCCGCUGGACUUUGCCUCCCGGUGAAGGAUUUCUCCUCUUGGAGACUGACUUUUCCCAUCUGUAAAAUGGGGCCGAGCGGAGCCCCGGCCUCGGGCAGGGAGAGCGGAGGAGGGAGCAGUGCUGCCGCCCGCCUGGUGUCCGCUGAAGCGCAUUAAAAACUUCUCCGUGCACUCUCA